AUGGCGCUGCGAACAGUCCCUAAACUUUUGUUGGUAAUUCCGGCGGCAGCAGGGUUUUAUCUAUUCGUCGUUUGGCUUCUUUCACGCAAAUUAGGGACUCUCGAGAGAAAUUCUGGGCCAGAGAAAUGUUCCUGGACCGGCGAAGAUGCCCUGCGGCGAGCUCAGUUCUGCAAAAGCGAACAUCUAUCGGAACUCUUUCGGAAUGUCUGCGCUUGUAAAAACCCGAUGGCGAUUACGUACGAAAACCCCGUGGAGCCCCUCCAAGGUCUUGUAAAUACUCCUAUUCUUAUCAUCGCUGCUGAUCGUCCGAAAUACCUCCUUCGUUGUAUUUACCAUCUUCUUCUUGCGCACGGAGUGAACGAAGAAAACAUCGUCGUCUCCAUUGAUGGAUCGUACUCAGAAACAGAAGCUGUUGCAACUUUGUUUGGAAUCCGCUCGUUUCAGUCCAAGUCCGAGGGCACCAAGUCCGCCCGUGUUUCGCGACAUUAUCGCCGUGCGCUAGAACACGUCAUGAAUGUUCUCUAUCCCGAAGCUCCAAAUAUUAUCAUUCUUGAAGAUGACCUCCAAGUUGCGCCAGACUUUUUCUAUUACUUUGAGCAUCUCAUGCCAUUGUUGGAAAAUGACGAAGAUCUGUAUUGCAUUUCCGCGUGGAAUGAUCAUGGAAUGGAGCACGCUGUCUUCUCGCCAGAAAAUGUUUAUAGAAUCGAAGGAAUGCCAGGUCUUGGCUGGGCGACGAGUAGAAAGAUCAUCAACGAGCUCCUUCCGAAGUGGCUACCGAAAGAACGAUUCACUGAUUGGGACAUUUGGAUGCGACAGCCUGCUCAGCGAAGAGGCCGACAAUGUCUCAUUCCAGACAUUUCAAGGACAUUUCACUUUGGGGAAGAUGGAUUGAAUGUCAAUUCGAAAAUGCAGGGGCUCUACUUUAGGAAUCAUGCGAUUUUCAAAGAAGCUGAAAAGGUUGGAAGAAUCGAAUACACUCCUUUAGAAAAUCUCUCCGUCGAUAAAAAUGAAGAAAUUCUUCGAGCGAUGAUAGAUUCUAGUGAAGUUCUACCCCCGUCAGAGCUCAAAUGCGCGCCUGGAACGAAGAAAGUUCCAUAUUUUGAAAGGUUAUCGAAAUCAAACAGGAGCACUUCAUUCAAAAUUUAUUUCAAGCAAGAUUCAAAAAAUGACCUCGACGACUAUCUUCGUCUGUGCUGGUGUCUAAACAUUUGGGACUUAGAUUCACGAGCAAAUUACAAAGGCGUCACUAGAAUACAUCUUCAAGAGCAUCCAGUUUUUCUCGUGGGGCAUCCUUACUCAGAGUUCUCUCACGAUGCAAAACCAAACGAAGUUAUCGCAAUCAACCAAGAAAUACCAGCUGGAAAUCGUCGAUACAAGCACUAG